AACAGCAGGUACUGUCAAAGAGGAGGGUCAUGCCUCAUAAUUUGUGUAUGUGGGCUAAAACAAAAUCAGCCGUGUGUUCCUUUAAGCCGGCGACCAAAAGUCAAGAUAACAGAGUGGAAUGUGAGAAUCAGCCACCUGUGUCGUACUUCCAGUAUUCACUUCACACACUGCUGCUAAACGGGAGAACCACACGCAACACUCAUUUUUAAGUAGCUUCAACUUUAAAUUGUGCUGACAAGAAACAAGACAAGAAGAAUCUCCUCUUGUGGAUGUCACUGAAAAACAAUGACAGACCAGGUCUCUCUGGCUGCCGGUGUGUCUGUGGGACUCCUGUUUCUACUGCUGCUGGGUGUGAUGGUUUACUGUCUGUGGAGGAGGAAGAAGAGGAGUCAGAGUCAGUAUGAGGAGCUACUCUCUACUGUGCCUUCAGUGCCGGCAUGCUCUCCUCCUGUGAUCCUGGUGUCUCAGGGCUUCUGGACCACGCCCAGUGAGAUCCCUUUUACCCUGCCUCCUCGCUCCAUGACACAAAACGACGCUGAUCUGAAAAAUGAGCAGGAGGAAAAUGUAGAAGAGUUGAAGAUGGACGUUCGGAGGACCAUGCUGGACCAUCGUGGAUCACUGUCAGUAAGCAGAUGGUAUCCAGUGGGGACGGUUCUGUCUGGUCUCUACUCGGUUCCUCCUUUUAACGAGGUGGUGGCCCCUCCCCCCGGCAUGGCCACCCGUCUCUGCUUCUCUGUGGAGUACCGACAUGGCAGUGAGCAGCUUGUGGUCUCUUUGCUCCGCCUUGGCAACCUCCCUCCUCGUUUUCAUGGGAAUGUGACACUGGUGGAGCUUCGGCUUCUCCCUGAUGACCGGCGGCCCCGCCAGGCCAAGGCCCGGGGAACGGGGCCGGACCCUGAGUUCAAUGACUGCUUUGUUUUCCAGGUCUCAGGAGUGUGUGUACCUCAGGGCACGCUGAGUGUGUGUGUGCUGAGUGUAGAGCAAGAUGGCAAACGCCACGCUGUGGGCAGGGUGCUGUUUCCUCUGGAGGGGGAGCUCGGUCAGGCGGGCAGGGUGCUGUGGAGGGACCUGGAGACAGAGGACGACCCACAGUGUUCAGAGCAGGGGGAUGUGCAGAUAUCUCUCAGCUACAGUCCGUCUCUGCAGCGCCUCUCUGUGGUCGUCCUGAGGGCCCGAGGGCUACACCUGCUCACAGACGCAGGUGUGUGUGUCCAGGUGAGCUUACAGAUACACACUCAGGUGGUGAAAAUAAAGCGCAGCUGUGUGGUGAAAGGUGUCAACCCCAAUUUCAACCACAGGAUGACCUUUAAACUCCGUGCGCAGCACUUGGAUGAGGCCUGUCUCAGGUUUGAGCUGCAGGAGCCGAACGACGUCUGCUCAGAGCCUCCAGUACUACUCGGUGUGCUGGUGUUGGGUCCCUUCAUGUAUGCCAGAGGCCAGCAGCUGAAGCACUGGAUGGACAUGGCCAACGCACCACAGGAGACCAUUAAGCUGUGGCACGGACUGGGCCGGGGCACUUAACACACAAAAGUAUACCUGCAAAAAUGUUUGAACAAUAAAAGAUGAAAAUAG